AUGGGCGAGGUGGUUCUGUUGGAUACAUGGGGCAGCAUGUUUGGGAUGAGGGCUUGGAUUGCACUGGAAGAAAAGGGUGUGAAGUACGAACGCAAGGAAGAGAAUCUCAGCAACAAGAGCCCUUUACUUCUGCAGAUGAACCCUAUUCACAAGAAGAUUCCAGUUCUCAUCCAUAAUGGAAAACCCAUUUGUGAAUCUGCAAUAAUAGUGCAGUACAUUGAUGAGGUCUGGAGUCACAACCCUCAACUCAUGCCCUCUGACCCUUAUGAGAGGGCUCAAGCCAGAUUCUGGGUGGAUUACAUUGACCAAAAGGUAUAUCCAACUUGGAAUAAAAUGUGGCUUUCAAAAGGAGAAGAGCAUGAAGCAGGAAAGAAAGAAUUGAUUUCUAUCUUUAAGCAGCUAGAAGAGACAUUGGGUGACAAACCUUUUUAUGGACAUGACAUGUUUGGGUUUGUUGAUAUUGCUCUGAUCCCUUUCUACUGUUGGUUUUAUACUUUUGAGACAUAUGGUAACUUUGAAAUGGAAGCACAAUGUCCUAAACUUGUGGCUUGGGCCAAGAGAUGCAUGCAGAGAGAGACUGUGUCCACAAUUCUUCCUAAUGAGAAGGAAUUAUAUAAUGCAGUAGUGGAAAUGGAGAAAGAACUGGAAUCUAAAUAG